AUGAACUUGUGCUUGGUGUUGCAGAAAUCAAUGACGUUCAAGGACGUGGCCGUGGUCUUCACUGAAGAGGAGCUGGAGCUGCUGGACCCUGCUCAGAAGAAGCUCUACCAGGAUGUGAUGCUGGAGAACUUCCGGAACCUGGAGUCAGUGGGAAGACCACUGUCUGUUAUUCACAUUGACGAGAACUCUUGCCCUUGGAAGGAGAGUGAAAAAAGUGUUGGGUGUGGCUCUGCUCUUGUCAGUCAUCAGCGAGUCAUUGUGAGGAGGGUCCGCUGUAAGCGUGAGGAGUGGGGGAAGGAGUUUGGUCAGAGUGCACAUCUGCAGAGACGUCCGAAUGUCCACCUUGGAGAGAAACCCUACAAGUGUGAGGAAUGUGGCAAGCGCUUCAAGCACAGAGCAACUCUUAAUGUUCACUGCAAAGGCCACCAAGGAGCGAAGCCUUAUCAUUGCGAGGAGUGUGGGAGAACUUUUAUUUACCUCUCCUGGUUUCAGGAACAUCAGAGAAUCCACACUGGAGAGAAACCGUUCAGGUGUGAUGCGUGUGGUAAGAGCUUCCACCACAGAGCAGCUCUCACAAAUCACCGCCUGAUGCACACGGGAGGGAAACCUUACAGAUGUGAGGAGUGUGGGAAGGGCUUCAAGUGCAUGAAGUACUUUAGCACCAGAUCGAAGCUGACGGUCCAUCUUCGGAUCCACACGGGGGAGAAACCCUAUGAAUGCGAGGCCUGUGGCAUGGGAUUCCGGCAGGUGGCCCACCUCCUGACCCAUCAGCGAGUCCACAGCGACGAAAAGCCAUUCAAGUGCGAAGAGUGUGGGAAGUACUUCCGCACCAGACAGAUCCUCCAAGUACACUAUCGGAUCCACACAGGAGAGAAGCCCUAUAAAUGUGAGCGCUGUGGGAUAGACUUCCGGCAGGCGUCCCAUCUUUUUUCCCACCAGAGGGUCCACAAUGGAGAAAGACCAUUCCAGUGUGAGCAGUGCGGAAAGUACUUCAGCAGUAGAUCCAAUCUUCAGACUCAUCACAGAACCCACACGGGAGAGAAGCCUUUUCACUGUGAACAGUGCGGGAAGGGCUUCAAGGUCUCCUCACAGCUGGUGACCCACCGCAGGGUCCACAGUGGAGAAAAGCCCUUCCGGUGUGGAGACUGUGGGAAAUAUUUCCGAACGAAAGAAUACCUUCAGAUGCACGGCAGAGUCCACUCCGGGGAGAAGCCCUUCACCUGUGAGGACUGCGGCAAGGCCUUCAAGCAGGCCGCCCACCUCCUGACCCAUCAGCGAGUCCACAGUGGAGAGAAGCCCUUCAAAUGCGAGGAGUGUGGGAAGGGCUUCACCCAGAUUUCACACCGCCAAGCCCACCGCAGAGUCCACAAGGAAGAAAAGCCCUACAAAUGCCAGCAGUGCGGGAAGGGCUUCAAGUGGAGCCUGAACCGGGACAUGCACCAGAGGGUCCACACGGGAGAGAAAUCGUAUGCCUGUAGGGAAUGUGGGAAGCACUUCCGCUACGCCUCGGGCCUUCAGCAUCACAAGUACGUGCACACCGGGGUGAAGCCCUGCAGAUGUGACAUAUGUGGCAAAGGCUUCACCCGACCCCCACAACUGCGAUCUCACCAGCAAAGGGUUCACAGAGCAGAAGAGGUGCCCGCAGGAGACUCCUGA